GAUCAAUUGCGUUGGUAUAAUUUUUUUUUUUUUUUUUUAGUGAAAGUUUUAAUUUUCUUUUAAAUGGAGUGUCUAAAACUCAUGUCAGAUACAGUUGGGAUAAUUACGUUUUCAAGUAAUAAUUAUCUUGUUUGUUAGGCUUUGUGGAUGACGUCACCAUUGUGACAGUUUCUGACGAUUUAAAUAUCAGCUGGAGAAGGUUUGGUGUCCGUUUUUGGGACUUAAGUGGUCGAAAGUGAACAAGUUCAAUGCUGAUGAUACGCAGACUCAUAAGGCUGCCAAAAAUAUGAUAAAUGACUGGAGGAGCAGCCUCAGUAACAAUAUUCAUCAACGUAAAGUGUUGUGCACUGCUCUGAAACAACAUAAGCUUAGGAAACUAGCUGAAGAAUUGUUUGAGGGUGAAAUUAGCGAUGAAAAUCUUGUUACGCGAGAAGCAGAAAAAUGGUUUAAUGAUCAAGAUUUGCUGUUUAUCUGUGACAAUUUGGAUCCCGAAUCAUGGAGGAGACUGCGAGUGCGUCUUGGACUCAAAUGGACCGAUAUAAAAAAGAUAACAAAAAACUACAGACUGGUCGAAGACUGCAUCGUGGAAUUGUUGGUUACUUGGAGGGAUGACCAAUCAAAGAGCCAACAAAUACCAAUCAUGGUGAACACUUUGAGGCAACAGAAGCUUGUUGGACUUGCACAAAGUGUACGUGAAAGGCAUGGCUACAGUGACGAGUCAUAAGUUGCAACAACUCAUAUAAAUCUGCUUGAAAUUUCAACACCAAUGCAAGGUUGCUUAGUUGAUAUUGACAUAGUGUUUAUCGCUAAUAAACUUGAUGGCAAAGAUUUGACAAAUUUUGGCAUCUACCUUGGUAUGGAGAAACAUGAAAUAAAUCGAAUUGAGUCAGACUUUUCACCACCAAUUGUAGACGUCUGUAUUGAAAUGUUGGUACAGUGGCGAAGUAGACAGGAAGCUGAAGUAAAUCAUCUCAAAUCAAUUAGUGAAGCACUGAACAAAGUUGAACGAAUAAAUAUAAAGAAAGAAAUUGAGUUAUACUACCAUGAAAGAUAUGGAAAAUUGAAGUAAAGGUGUAAAGGAACAUUUUAAAGAUAACAGUGCAAUAAAAAAUAACACCAGAAUAUAUAUUACCAUGGUUACAUACACCACAGUAGGCCUAACACGUUAGGACACUUUUUAAU